UAGUUAAUCUGCCAGAAGAAAAAAAAUUCAUCCUGAUCUUCUACUUUCUCUCUUAUUUUCCUUUCGGUUUUCCGGGAAAACUCGUCCAUUAUCCAACUAAGUGCAAAAGCUCCAAUCUCUGGAUUUCCGUCUUCUUUCAAAAUUAGAAAUGUUUUUACAAAGCAUUUCCAGAAAUAGAAAGAGAAGUAGUACCAAAGGCCGUAUCAUACUCAAAAAAGAAACGAAGAGGAAGAAAUUGUCCUUGCAAAUCUAAUUCCUCUCUCGCACAGUGGAUUCAGGCAAUUGCUGCAACACCUGCACCGCCUUCUCGUUUCUCCAAAACAGAUCUUUACAGUUGUUCAACUUGCAGGUUAACUAACAGAUAGAGUGGCCGAAGAACAUGUUGAAUCUGUACCUGUAUUAGUAAUACAUAAGGUCAGAUAAGAAGCUUAGAUGGUUCGCAUCAAAUUAUUUCUACAGUCUACUAACAUCUACUAUGGGUUCCUUGCUGACAGGGGGAAGUUCUUCAAAGGGCAACAAGGAAAGCUGUAAAAGGAGAAAGGUAAGUCCAUUAGGUGAGUUAAGACCUUGGUCAGAACUCCCUGAUGAGCUUCUUAAUAUUAUAUCAAAGCGACUCAGCAUGGUAGAUUAUUUCUCAUUUGGCCAUGUCUGUACAAAAUGGAGGUCAAGUUCCAUGGCCUCGAGUAAGGACUUUUUUUCAUCUGUACCUCCACUUGUUAUCGUCUUGUCAUCACGGGGUAAGAAAGCCUGCUUCUUCUUCAACAUAUGUGAUGGGAGGAGAUAUGAAACUAAACUGCCUUGCUUUACUGGCAAAUUUCUUAUUGGGUCUUCUAGUGGAUACUUAAUUAUGGAAGGUACUAAACAGGAUCUUUGGCUUACAAAUCCUGUUACAGGGCACAAACUUGAAAUGAUUAAGUUAUUGCAGCCUACGAGUCGAGUUCAUCUCAAUGAUCUAACCAUCUUCGCUUCUACCAUACCUCAGAAAGAUUUUCUUGUUGUGAGUAUCUCUUUCAUAAAUGUGCAGCUGCAAUUUCGCCGAUCUAAGGAUGUGAACUGGCACAUCUAUAAGUUUCCUAGCAAAAGUUGGCGUUUUUUUGAUUUGGUUGUAUUUAAGUUUAAGGUUUAUGCUUUAGGCACUGAUUGUCAGAUUGCCACUUUGAGCCUGAAAUCUCCUCCUAGUUUGACUCUAUUGAAACUGAAAGGCAAGCCUAGAUUGACCAACUUUGUUAAGUUUGUAGCUUCAGAUCAGCGGCUUUUGGUGGUUGAUUUUAUUCCCUCAUUGCGCCUAGAAGUGUAUGAAGUAGAUAUUUCGAGGAUGGAAUGGGUCAAGGUGACUGACCUGGGUGAUCAAGCAUUGUUUAUAUCUGAUAUGAAGAGCAGCAGGUUGUGCAACGCGACUAAGUGGGGUGGAUUUAGUAACUGCUUGUAUCAUCUCACGUUUAUGGCACAAAGAUGUACUUUGUACUCCCUGGCUGGUAAGGUCAUUGGCAGCAUUGAAAUUGACCGAGGAGGUAAAGAGAAAUCUCCUCGACUUAAUUAUGGAUGGUUCUUUCCUGAGGAAUCUUAUGAAAUGGAUAUUGUCUGGGAUGACAAGUAUGAUGUUAUCUAAGAGAGUGUAAAGAAUGGCACGUUAUCUCCCUUGCUUCUUUGUAUUGUCGUUAACCUUCUGUGUUUGGACCAGAUUUUGCCAUCAAGAACUUUCUGGCGUUCUUCCCCUUUAAUUUUAUUUGUUUCUGGAAUUAAGUCCCUUUUUUCCUUUCGGUUUAAUUCUCAAUUUGGAUAUAUUACCCUCUUUAGUAGCUCUGAAGUUAUGUUAAUGUGUUACACGUUGUGUGUGCAUAUGUGACUUGUACUCUGUAUUACUAAUUAAUUGUCUUAAGUUUAAAGAACCUUAUAUAGCAUUAGUGUUACAGGUAUUGACAUUUGACUCUAAAAAUUAAGCAUGACAGCUUCGCCAUGCUCUGGAAAAUUGUGUGUGAUCAAAGGAAGCUCAACCCUGAUGUGGUGAAUUUUCUAGCAGGACUAAGGAAAAAACAGGACUAAGGAAUACAGCGUAAUCAAUUGUAACGCCAGCCCACAGUUCCUUCACCAGGGACUCCACCUGUUGCCUUUGUUCAACACGGUUCAGAUUAAUACUGGCUGCAUAAUGAAUACAUAGGGCCACUCUUUUCUUAUUGCAGCAGGUCUCUUCUCCUCUUUCUUCACUACCUCACUCUUGGUUUCUCACAAGUUUAGGUUACUGGCUAGUUAAUCUCCCCAGGGUAGAUCUGAGCCUGCUGGAAGCUUAUGGAGGAGGGAGUAAUUGUUUCUCGACAGCCAGCUGGUGGGGUUGCUGAACGAGCUGCUACUCGCAGGAGAAGGGCAACCAGGACUUGUGACUAGAGGCCAUGGACUGAACUUCCUGGGGAGAUACUUGAAAUGAUUCUUUUGGGAUUGGGGGCUAUUGAUUUCCUUGUGUUUUCUCGUGUUUGCAAGGCUUGGAGAAAUUUUGCUGCUGCAUGCAGGCGUAGAAUAAUGGACGCCCAGAGCCCCUACAUGGUUCUGCUGUCAGCCCAUGCUAAGAAAUCUUGCUAUUUCUUCAAUGUUUUUGAGAAUAAGUUGUGGAAGACCACAUUCCCUAAUCUGACGAAAAUUAUGCUUGGGGACUACUUCUGGUUUCCUUAUUAUGGUGGACAAGGAUCAUUCUCUGACCGAGUGGCUUGGAGAAUAAUGGACGCCCAGAGCCCCUACAUGGUUCUGCUGUCAGCCCAUGCUAAGAAAUCUUGCUAUUUCUUCAAUGUUUUUGAGAAUAAGUUGUGGAAGACCACAUUCCCUAAUCUGACGAAAAUUAUGCUUGGGGACUACUUCUGGUUUCCUUAUUAUGGUGGACAAGGAUCAUUCUCUGACCGAGUGGCUUGGAGAAUAAUGGACGCCCAGAGCCCCUACAUGGUUCUGCUGUCAGCCCAUGCUAAGAAAUCUUGCUAUUUCUUCAAUGUUUUUGAGAAUAAGUUGUGGAAGACCACAUUCCCUAAUCUGACGAAAAUUAUGCUUGGGGACUACUUCUGGUUUCCUUAUUAUGGUGGACAAGGAUCAUUUUCUGACCGAGUGGCUUGGAGAACUUCAACAAUCUGGCUUUUGAAUCCUUUCACAGGGGAACAACAUUUUAGCCCCAGCAAUGAAGCCAUACUGUAGUCUCAUGCUUGGCCACUUUCGACCAGCAGGAGAAUAUGUGCUCUUAUCUUACUCUAGAAUUUUCCAGCACUUGCAGUAUUACAUGACUUCAGGUGGCUGAGUGUUCAGCUUAUGCCUUCGCCCACAAAGAGAAUUGGCUGAUCAUGGAUCUGGUUUACUUCCGAGGUCGGAUGUGCUUCCUGAGCAAUUUCUGUGAACUUGGACAGCUGAAGUUAUUCAGUUCGGACAGUGACCCUUUCCUUAUAUUGUCUGCGAAUAAUCUGCCUCCUCGUCUGAACUAUUUCGUUCACCUUGCUACUACCAACAAAAAGAUCCUGAUGAUUAAUUUUCAAUCUCCCGGAAAUAUUAAAAUCCGCAGGUAUUGCUUCGAUAGGCAGGAUUGGCUGAGGAUGAACUUGACUGAAGAUGCGGUUUUCAUGGGUGACCGUAAGUCCACUGGAGUGCACAAGAGGACCCUGUUGCGAGGUUGCCCCGAUAGUGUCAAUUACAUUUACUAUCUGGUGACCUCGCGCAACACGUCUGCUUUAUGCUAUAUCGAUGGUCGUGUCCGGAAGCGCUUUUCUACCAUUCAUGAUGAUGGCCAGCCCAAUAUCCCUCUGGAUGUGCCAAUCUGGUAUUUCCCGCAUCUGUCAUACUAUGAUGGGUUUCAAUGUAGGUCGGAGGUGGUGGCAAGAGUGAUGGUGGUGGGAAUUGGUAUGGUGUAUUCAGCUCUGUUUCUAAAAGUUGGCAGUCAGUGUCUUCUUGAGUCUUGUCUGUCUGGGAUGCGCUGAACUCAGGCCUUGGUUUGUUUUAUUAUCUUGUUUUAUUGUCUGUAUGGAUGGAUGCUCUCUGUUUUAUGCAUAGUAAUGGACGGCUCGGACGGAUCAAAACCCUUUUUCGUGUCAAAUUAUGAUAAUUUCAGGCC